AUGCAAAAUCAUGUGAAAUAGAUCAUAACUCUUUGGUUUUGGGUUCCAAAGGAAAUGCUUCUGUACCAUCUUCACAUUAAAAUUUCCUUUAGCCUAGGAAUAUCCUUCUCGGCCACGACCACAGAAAAUGCGCUCCAGUCGAAAACUUCACUAAGUGGAAGGACAAAAUUAUCUGCAAUGAUCACCGGAACACAUUCGUAA